UAAGAAAUAUUAGAUUAUUAAUUCAAUUCCAGGGCCCCCAGUUGAAAAAAUCAAACAAAAAUAUUCUUCCCUAGGAAGCUGAAGUUUUUUUAUCAGCCGCAAGGCUGCUGCAAUCUUCAAGAUUGCCACUGAAAUUAUGGUUCAUGUCUUUGAGUUUUAUCCUGGAAGAAAGCUGUCAAAUUCCACCACGAUCAAAGUUCUCCUGCUGAGUCUCAUCAUAACUCUCCCCCCUGUAAUCCAUCUGUUCUUCUUCAGCAGUUCCUCCACACCGUGGCUGAACUUCAAUUCUUAUGUUGACAGCAUCAAGGAAGGAAGAAAAUGCAACAUGUUUAGAGGGAAAUGGAUUCCUUCUCAUCAAGAUCCUUACUACAGUAAUGAAACUUGUCAUGAAAUGCAUGACCAGCAAAAUUGUAUGAAGUUUGGGAGACCAGACAGGGAGUUUCUGAAAUGGAGAUGGAAGCCUGAUAAUUGUGAGCUUCCUCUCUUUCAUGCAAGGGGUUUUCUGGAGAUUGUGAGGGGGAAGUCUCUGGCAUUUGUUGGAGACUCACUGGGAAGAAACCAAAUGGAGUCACUGUUCUGUCUCUUGUCAAGUGUGAGCAAUCCUGAAUUUGUUUCUCACAAAACAAAUAAGAUCACAAGCUGGCUGUAUAGGGACUACAACUUCACUAUGGCAUCCUUCUGGGCUCCUCAUCUGGUUAAAACGAUAGAUGCAGACCCCAAUGGCCCGAAAUACAAUCGCCUAAUGAAGGUUUACUUGGAUGAAGCUGAUGGCAGUUGGGCAACUGAGAUUGAAACAUUUGACUACGUGAUUGUUUCAGCUGGAAGAUGGUUCUAUGGACCACAGAUUUUCUAUGAAAAUGAUCAGGUUAUUGGCUGCCAUGAAUGUGGAAGUGACAACAUCAAAAAGCUGUCGAUGUUUUACGGAUACAGAAGAGUAUUCCGAACUACAUUUAGUACUUUGAUGAGCCUUGAAAGGUUUAAGGGCCUGAUAGUUUUGAACACAUUGUCCCCAGCUCAUUUUGAGAAUGGACAGUGGAAUAAAGGAGGGAAUUGUAACAGGACGAAGCCCUUUUUGAAGAAAGUGAUGGGACUAGAUGGAGGAGAUUUGGAGAUGUAUCUGACUCAAAUAGAUGAACUGAGAAUAGCUGAAAGGGAAGGGAAGAAGAAAGGAGUGAAAUUCAGGUUGCUAGAUGCAACUGCAGCCAUGCUUAUGAGGCCAGAUGGACACCCCAACCAUUAUGGACAUUGGCCUCAUGAAAAUGUCACCAUUGCUGAUUGUGUUCACUGGUGCAUGCCUGGUCCUGUUGACACAUGGAAUCAGUUCUUGCUUCAGAUGUUAAGAAUGUAUGAUAGUUGACAUAUAUACGCAUAUUUUCUGUAAUGAUUAUCAGCUGAAGUUCUUUGUUUUU